AUGCGUAACUGGGGGAGCCGUGAAGGCCGGGGUCUGCUCCACGGAAGGUGGUUUGCAUCCCGGCGGGCCAUCCGCCCUCUCCCGGCCUCCGACCAGGGACAAACUCCCAGUGCCCCAAUCUCCCCCUCGGGCCCCUCGAACCCCCCCGUCGGGGAAGGGCAGGGGCUCCUUCCUCCAGCCUCGCUGCCAAGUCCCGGCCGUUCAGCCGUGGCCGAGCCCCUCGAGCGUUCCCGCCGCCCCCGGUGCUCGGCGCUGUACGAAGCCCCGUGCUCGCGGUUCGCUUCCAGGGAUGAGGGCAAGCACACGGUGGGGCAGCUCGGCCGCUGCUCGAAGGGCGCGGCCCCCUUCGGAGGUCACUCCGCCGGCGACUUCGACGACGGCUUCCUGCGGCGGAAGCAGCGCCGCAACCGCACCACCUUCACCCUGCAGCAGCUCGAGGCACUGGAAGCCGUUUUUGCUCAAACCCACUACCCCGAUGUGUUCACUAGGGAGGAGCUGGCUAUGAAAAUCAACCUCACGGAAGCCAGGGUGCAGGUGUGGUUCCAAAAUCGAAGAGCUAAAUGGAGGAAAACAGAGAGAGGUGCUUCCGACCAAGAGGGCUCUAAGGAAACAAUGGCUGAGGUGGCUCCUCCUGCGAGGAAUUUAAAUUCCCCUUCUCCAGCAGAUCAAACCAGGAAUAAAAAAGAGGGUCUGGAGAUCCAGCAGAGCCUGAGUCGAGCAGUGGGUCCUACAGGACCUUUCUUCCCUUCCUGCCUGCCAGGGACUCUUCUCAACACAGCCACCUACGCACAAGCUUUAUCCCAUGUCGCCUCUCUAAAAGGGAGCCCGCUGUGCUCGUGCUGCGUUCCAGACCCCAUGGGCCUCUCCUUCCUGCCCACGUACGGCUGCCAAAGCAACCGCACCGCCAGCGUGGCCGCGCUGCGCAUGAAGGCCCGGGAGCACUCGGAGGCUGUGCUCCAGUCUGCCAACCUCCUGCCCGCCACCAGCAGCAGCCCCACUUCUCCCACCAAACCCGGCCCUGAGGGCAGCCAGGACAAGCAGCCCUCUCCGGCCAAGGAGCACAUGGAAGGGGAGAAGAGCGUAUGA